CGCAGCCAGAGUGACGUGGGGGCGCCGGCAGCCGGAGUUUCUGGGCACAGUCGGCUUUGGCGGGGGACCGCUACGGCAGUGAUGACUGAUGAUGACUCCGAGAGCGUCCUCUCCGAGUCCCAAGAAGGGUCGGAGCAGGAGCUGCCUGUUAUCCAGCUGUGCGGGCUGGUGGAGGAGCUCAGCUAUUUAAACUCUGCUCUCAAAACUGAGACAGAGAUGUUUGAGAAAUAUUACAUUAAACUGGAGCCCAGGGAUCUUCGACUUCUACGAUUAUCAGAAAUUAAAAUGUCAGCAGCAGAUUAUGCACAGUUUCGAGGCAGGCGUAGAUCCAAAUCCCGGACAGGUGUGGAUCGUGGGAUGGUCCUGACUGUCGACCAAAAACUCGAGCUAGUACAAAAGGAGCUGGAAGACACAAAGGAUGACCUACGGCGCAUGAGGGCAAAUGCGGAACGUGACCUGCAGCAUCAUGAGGCGAUCAUUGAGGAGGCUGAAAUUCGAUGGGAUGAAGUUGAGAGAGCAGUGCACGAGUUUGAAAAAGAUAUUCUAAAAGCCAUAUCUAAGAAGAAAGGGAGUAUUUUGGCCACUCAGAAAGUGAUGAAGUACAUCGAGGACAUGAACCGCCGGAGGGAUAAUAUGAAGGAGAAAUUACAUUUGAAAAAUGUUUCUCUCAAAGUUCAGAGGAAAAAAAUGCUUUUACAAUUGAGGCAGAAGGAAGAAGUGGGCGAGGCCCUUCAUGAGGUUGAUUUUCAGCAGUUGAAGAUAGAGAAUGCUCAAUUUCUAGAGACAAUUGAAGCAAGGAAUCAAGAACUGACCCAGCUAAAGCUGUCAUCUGGAAACACUCUACAGGUCCUCAGUGCCUACAAAAGCAAGCUUCACAAGGCAAUGGACAUGUGCAUCAAUCUGGACAAGGAGAUCUUGCUGAGGAAAGAGCUACUUGAAAAAAUUGAAAAAGAAAUGCUACAAGUAGAGGAGGACCGGGCCAAAGCCGAGGCAGUGAACAAGAGGCUCCGGAAGCAGCUGGCCAAGUUCCGGGCCCCACAGGUGAUGACUUAUGUCUGGGAGAAGAUCUCAAAUGGGGACCUGGAGAAGAGCAUCAAGAUGUGGGAAAGGAAAGUGGAGAUAGCAGAGGUGAGCCACGGGGAGCCCCAGGAUGGGCAAUCUUUUAUGUCCUCAAUGUUUUCAUUUAGGAUUUUGGUCUUUGGGCUAAGAAUACCGAUGUUUGGAUGUAUAAUUUCUGGGAGAAAUCUCAGCAGUUGCUUUAACUAUUAAACCAAGAUGAAGGAUGAUUGUUUUUUUUUUAAAGUUCCCCCUUUUGUAUUGUUAGGGGCAAGGUCUUUUCUGUUUUCAGGGAGAAACUCUGUAGUAAUCAUGUGUUUUUAGUUGCCUGUUUUCUUAAUGAAUUCUAGAAGUCUCUGAAUCCCUCUGCACUAGUAAUUUAAUAAUUGCUACUUUAUAGAUGGAGAAGCCAGUUUUAAAAAAAAUGAGAUACUGAUGGAUUUUUUAAUAUCACUCAGAACUUCAGUCCCUGCAUGUACAUAGUUGCCGUGGGUCUUUCUGCUUCUGCACGAAUCCCGCAGAUUUUGAAUAUGGUACUGUGUGACAGGAAGCACACUUGCUCGUGUGAGCUGCGGGAGAUAAAUGGGCAAUGGGAAAACAUAUGCUGGUGUCAGAAGAAAGACAAACACCCAGGCUGCCAUGGCCAGGCUGCAAACUGAAGUCACUCAAACCAUCAACAGAGUAGCUUAGAGAGCCAGUCAGGUCACUUGGGGAACUGGGACCUUGGUGUUUUCACAUUUAGCCCCUGGCUUCCAUUUCCUGUGUUACUUUCUCCCAUGUCUCCUGUGGCCAUUUUGUAGCAGAGAGUAAAUUAGGAUCCAAACUUGAGCCCUCAGAUCUGGAGCUGAGAAGUAGCAGAAUCGUGGUAGGAACAUGCAACUUCUCACUUCACUGAACAGAAACAUGCUCUACAGAUCUUCCGGGUGGGUGCUGCCCCUUGGUGGCCCCUGCACUACAUUGUGCACGGAGGGCACACUGCCCCACACAGGGUCACCUGCACCAUCAUGGGGCUGGAUGAGGGUUGCAUUCUGAAAAGCCACAGUCAGUUUUCCCCAAGUGAUCUUCUCUCCCGACUCCUUUAUCUUUUUUUUUUUUUUU